CAGGUUUAUGGGAAGAUGACAGUUAAGAGUCUUUUUUGUUAUUGUCUUUUUGUUUUUUCCGAGACAGGGUUUCUCUGUGUAGCUUUGGAGCCUGUCCUGGAACUAGCUCUUGCAGGCUGCCUCUGCCUUCUGAGUGCUGGGAUUAAAGGCGCGAGCCACCAACCACCAACGCAGACUGUUCAGCUUAACAAAGAGAUGACAUUGGCUAGCAACCGGAGCCUGGCAGAGGAAAACCUUUUGUACCAGCCCCAACUGGAUGCUCGGAAAGCUCGUCUGACCCAAAAAUACCAGGAACUCCAGGUUCUCUUUGAGGCCUAUCAGAUAAAGAAGACCAAACUAGAUAAACAGUCAAACAGUGCUUCCUUGGAGACUCUGUUGGCACUUCUUCAAGCAGAAGGGGCCAAGAUUGAGGAAGACACUGAGAACAUGGCAGAGAAGUUUCUGGACGGAGAGCUUCCUCUAGAUGCCUUCAUUGAUGUCUACCAGAGCAAGCGGAAGCUGGCACACAUGCGCCGUGUGAAAGUGGAGAAGCUCCAGGAGCUAGUGCUGAAGGGACAGAGACUCCCACAAGCCGGGGCACCAGUGCCACCCAGGGUGCCCGAGCCAUUAACUGCCAGCCCCCUAUCCUAUCCCCCUCUGGAGGCCACUGGGCUCCCUUCUGUCGUGCCUCGGCGCAUCCCCCCACCCCCACCCCCAGUGCCUGCAGGACACAUAGCCACCCCGUUCACAGCUGCCAUGGGCUCAGGACAGGCUUCUCCAUACCCAGGAUUACAGUGCCCGCCUCUGCCCCCCAGGGUGGGCCUCCCCUCUCAGCAAGGAUUCUCUGCACAGUUGGUGUCACCAUACCCGCCAGCCCUGCCCCAGAGACCCCCUCCACGGCUGGCUCCGCACCAGCCAGGCUUCAUCCUCCAGUGAGCUACGGAGGCUGUUCUUCCUGCAAGACACUCUCUGCCCGCCGUGCCAAGCUCUGCAGACGGAGGCUUUGGAGUCCAGGAUCUGGGCCAAUGGCUUGGGUGCCCUGGGCCAGUGUGUCCAUCUGAUUUUAGAACUGUAGGUCCAUGGUGAGUAAUAGAGAGCGAGUUUUGUGGACCAAGGAAGCUCUGUUCGUGCCAGGCCACAGUCUGGCGCGCCUGCUAUCCCAUCAGUCUGUGUUCUGGGUGUGAUUUCUAAAUGUCUAGAAUUGACGGACUUGUGCAUUUGGGAAGUUUACACCCCCCCCACAAACCCCCUAAUUCAGAAUCACAGCCCUCAUGUUGCAGCUUUAUUUAAAAAGCAUGGUUAAUUAUAUGUUUUCAAGUCUUGGUCCACCAGCCCCUGUGGUGCUGGUAAAGGCUGGUUUACACUGGCCAGCUAGGAACAUAUGCCCGAAGCCAGGCCUCGCUGCUGGGCAGCUGUGCUGUUGGUUCAGUCUGUGCUGGGCAGGUCAUUACACCCCUCCCUCCCAACAGACUGGAUGCUCUCUUGGUUCAAAACUGCGAGCAGAGUUUGCACUUGGCUGCUGUGCAGAGGCCGGGAGAGCUGUGGCUCUGGGUGUGAGGCCAGUGUGAGCUGGACUUUGCACAGUUCAGUCCUCCACCCUCACCUCACACCUCAAGCCUCAUGACGGUUUCUGUGAAAAAAAUAAUACUCAGUGUUUUUACUACACUUGUAAUUUUCCUGUUUUAUAUUUGAAAAGAAUACUUUUUUGACACUCUCAAGACCAUUCAGGGAAUCUUUUUUAAAAACGCAGAUACUGUUUAGAGCUGGUAAAAAAAUGCAGAUUUAUUGAGUGCCGCUUCCUGUCAGGCGAGUAGUGCAUGGUCGCAUCCAUCAGUGUCCAUGCUGUGCCUUAGCUUCACUUGGUGCCAGGACUCAGACGCCUGCAGUGUGCCAGCCAUGGCUGCCCUAUUGGGCCCAUGGUUAGGCAGGGCCCUGGCAGGCCUCGUUGAUAGGUCAGAGAAGGCCCAUCACCUUCAACCAGGGCACUCUGGGGCAGCGUUCUGUGCCAUGGUGGACAGUCCUGCAGAUGCUGGCCAAGGACAUGGGAGGAAUUUGGGGAGCCCACCUCACAGGGUUGGCAGCAGGAGCUCCUUACUCUCUGGAGUCUCACCUGCAGUCCCAGGGCCCAGCUGGGAAAGGGGCAGCACCCACACCUGUCCCCAGAAAAGGGCUGUGCCCAUUGUCACCCUGCCAGCUGGCUGCAACCCAAGGUGAUAGAGUCAAGGCAGCGCUGAUUUGAGAGCCUGUCCCUGGCAGGGCCACCUUUGUCCCCAACUCCUGUACUCUUGCUCAUGGACUUGGACUCUACCCCACUGGAACUACUCUGUAAAUUGACAAAGUUGUAUGUGCCACCUUAAUCCAUACCUCUGCCACCAGCUGCCAUCGGGAAUGCCCACUGCCCAGUCACGGGCGGCAGCCACAUGGGAGCUCCAGGUGGAUGUGGUAAAGGGGCCGCCAGGCUGACUUUGCCAUCACUGCCCAGGGCCUUAUCUGGCACCAGGGUUGUAAACCUGUAGAACUCUUAAUAAAUUGAGAAUUAUUAAUUUCA